GAAGAUAAGAUUAAAUUGAAUGAAACUCGUCAAUAUGGUUUUAACUGCGGUAUGGCAGCGAAUUUUAGCGUUCGGCCAAGUAUUGUUGUGCAAAGUUGGUUAACAAAAUGAGCAAUACUUAUCACACUGGUGUCAACUAUAUUUGGUCAACCCCAGGAAUACUUCAAAUAGCUGAAGGGUUGCUCAAUAUUAUAUUAAUAGUGUCAUCCACCGUUAUCGAUGCAUCGUUCAGAGCCAACUUUCUUUGUGGAAUUGCCAUAUUCGCAGUACUGUCAGUUAUAGUGUUACUGGGUGUCAAUAUAACUGGAGUUCCCGCCAAAUCUGACGUUCCAUGGUUCUGGAUUCAGUUCUUUUGUGCCGUAAAUUUGGUUCUGUUGUACUCGAUCAGUUCGACGCUAGUUAUUAUUCAACUAACUAAAGGAUCUAUUAUUACUGGGAUAUUAGGAUACAUAACACUGAGUGUUUACGUUCUGGACGCCAUCGAGAAAUUUAACCUUGCCCGAACUCCUAGGUCAAGAAUCGUCUGGACCGUUCCCAAUAUGCCAGAAUUAACUUAAAGUAAAACAUAUGCACACUGUAUUCUUGUUAUUCUAAUUAUUAAGUCUAUCUCGAAAGUAAUUUAUUGACACUAUGUGAUUCUGAGUUUUAUCAGUUAAAUAAACGUUUUUUAUAUGUAAAAAAUACGCGUUUUAUAUUAUGAGUGUGAUAGUUAUGACUGAGUGCAGUAUAUUGACAAUGAUAAUAUUCUUAAUUAUCCGGUAUAUACAGAGGUAACACCGUGCAAAGUCGACACUUUCUAUUUUAAUACGAUCAAUGUCAGUGUCACGGAAAUGCAAAAUUUUAUUUUUUUAUGUGAACCUUGGAACUUAUAAUAGUGAAUAUCACCGGCUGAACUGUACUAAUGUAAGCGCAAAAUUGUAUAGUUAGGUUAGAUAAAUUCGGGAGAUAAUGGCUGAAAAUCAAUCCAGAUUUAAUUUAUUACCAAAAGUUCUCAAUGGAGGUAUAGCUGGCAUGAUUGGAGUAUCAUGUACCUUUCCCUUGGAUUUGGUUAAAACAAGGCUUCAAAAACAGAGUCCUGGACCGGAUGGAAAGAAGAUGUAUAAUAGUAUAUUCGAUGCAUUUAGGAAAAUUUACCGUGCAGAAGGUCUCAGAGGAAUGUACCGCGGAUCAGCUAUACUCAUUUGUUUGGUUACUCCAGAGAAGGCUAUUAAACUGUCCGCAAAUGACUUCUUUAGAUAUCACUUAAAAGACAAAAAUAACAAAAUUUCGCCAAGUCGUCAAGCUUUAGCGGGAGCUCUUACUGGAGUCGUACAACUUAUUGUAACCACACCUAUGGAAUUACUCAAGAUUCAGUUACAAGACGCAGGGCGAGUGGCAGCAAUGGACGCCAAGAUUGAUCCUGUAACGGGUAAAUCAAUACUACCCAAAAUUUCAGCCAGAGCCGUAGCCAAAGAUCUUGUUCAGGACAGGGGGUUUCUUGGAUUAUACAAAGGACUAUUUGCAACAAUGGCAAGAGAUGUCCCCUUUUGCGUAGUUUACUUUCCUCUUUUUGCAUAUUUGGAUAAGUUUGGACCAAGAAAAUUAGACGGAUCAGGUGACGCUGUAUUUUAUUGGUCGUUCAUUUGUGGCCUCAUGUCGGGAUCGUUUAGCGCUUUAGUAGUUACUCCUUUUGACGUCAUGAAAACUAGGAUACAGACGGUUACAAAAUCAGCCGCAGGAGAUAAAAGUUAUACAAGCAUCAAAUCUGCAUUUUUAGAUAUCCUGCAAACAGAGGGACCAACGGCAUUCUUUAAAGGAGGCAUAUGUAGAAUGACCGUUAUAGCACCACUUUAUGCCAUUGUCCAAGGGGUAUACUACUUGGGUGUUGCAGAAAAAUUACUCGGCAUCGAAAAGGAUGUAAAACACAUAAAAAAAUAAAGAUAUUAAAUUAU